ACAUGCCAAGCAGGACGUCGAUGACGAGUACGGUAACGCAAGCUUUAACCGCGGCCUGCAGUCCUACUACGCUGUGGCUCACGCCGUCACUGAGAAGGUGGACAAACAGUCGACGCUGCUGGUCAACGGGCAGCUCAAGCAAUACCAGAUCAAAGGUUUGGAGUGGCUGGUGUCGCUUUACAACAACAACUUGAACGGCAUCCUGGCAGAUGAGAUGGGUCUCGGGAAAACGAUCCAGACCAUCGCCCUCAUCACUUACCUCAUGGAGUACAAGCGCCUCAACGGGCCCUUCCUCAUCAUCGUACCUCUCUCAACUCUAUCAAACUGGGUCUAUGAGUUUGAUAAGUGGGCUCCGUCUGUCGUCAAAGUCUCCUACAAGGGGUCUCCGGCUGCUCGUCGUGCAUUCGUUCCCAUCUUGCGCAGCGGCAAGUUUAACGUGCUGCUCACCACAUACGAGUACAUCAUAAAAGACAAGCAGGUGUUAGCAAAGCUCCGCUGGAAGUACAUGAUCGUGGACGAAGGUCACCGUAUGAAGAACCACCACUGUAAGCUGACGCAGGUCUUAAACACUCACUACUUGGCGCCACGCCGUCUGCUGCUCACGGGCACGCCGCUGCAAAACAAACUACCUGAGCUCUGGGCGCUGCUCAACUUCCUCCUGCCCACCAUCUUCAAGAGCUGCAGCACAUUCGAGCAGUGGUUCAACGCCCCCUUCGCCAUGACCGGAGAGAAGGUUGACCUGAAUGAAGAAGAGACGAUCCUGAUCAUUCGACGUUUACACAAAGUGCUCAGGCCGUUCCUGCUGCGCCGACUCAAGAAAGAGGUCGAGGCCCAGCUGCCCGAGAAGGUGGAAUAUGUGAUCAAGUGCGACAUGUCGGCUCUGCAGAGGGUUUUGUACAGACACAUGCAGGCGAAGGGAGUCCUGCUCACAGACGGGUCAGAAAAAGACAAAAAGGGUAAAGGUGGAACGAAGACACUGAUGAACACUAUCAUGCAACUGAGAAAAAUUUGCAACCACCCCUACAUGUUCCAGCACAUCGAGGAGUCUUUCUCCGAACAUCUCGGCUACUCUGGUGGGAUCGUCUCUGGCCCCGACCUGUACCGCUCCUCUGGGAAGUUUGAGCUGCUGGAUCGCAUCCUGCCCAAACUGAGGGCCACCAACCACAAAGUGCUGCUCUUCUGUCAGAUGACCUCACUCAUGACCAUCAUGGAGGAUUACUUUGCAUACAGGAACUUCAAGUACCUGCGUCUGGAUG